AAAUAACUAUUGGGUACAGAUACAAGGACCUUGAGUAGGCCAAGAUAUAUAAUAUGUGAUAAUGAUACUUAUUACAGUCAGUGAUAAUAAUAAGUUAUUCAUCAUCAAGUAUUACUACGAGAGAGCUUUUCGCCCUUGAGAUGAAGUACUAAUUUGGGAGCGAUUUCUGUCAUCUCUACUAAGAAUGAAUUAGAUUGCUUUCUGAGAGAAUCAAUUGGGUUGUAAAGCAGCCAAACAAUGGAUUCACAGCAGCCUCCAUGGAUUCAUUAAAGGGAGUUUGAUUUUAGUUCUUUGUGCUGACGAUGUUCAAUCGACGUCAGUGCACCGACGCGUCAGAGCAUCGCGACGCCUCACACAAAAAGGUUGUACUCUGGAUUGAUCUUGGCUGUUUUACUGGUUUCAACUGUCAGCUCGGCUCGAAUUGGAGUUUGCAUAAGGAACUGUGGUCAGUGCAAACAAAUGUUCGGACAUUACUUCCAUGGACAAGCGUGUGCCGAGUCCUGCCUUGCAAGCAAAGGUUUCAACUCUCCGGAUUGUAAUAACCCCAAGACAUUAAGAGGAUUGAUUGUAAGACUCUAUAGAUGAAACCAUACUACCGGUAUCUAUGUCUUAUAGAAUCUACCAAAAUAAAUCAAAAGCCAAAGAAAACUUA